AUGCAGUCGAACCGCAGUUUUUGCAUCGAAUCGUUAAUCGCGAGCCAGGACAAGUACUCGCAGAAAUUUACGCAUGAUGAUGCGGAACUAGACGAUGAAGCAAGCACGGAUUCGAGCGACCGAGAAAGUCCAAGGAUAAUACAACAAACAACACCAUUUUCCGUGAACGAUAUCCUUAAUCCAGAGAAAUUUACGCGAGAGAGAAGUUCUCCAACGGGCUCACCAACAUCUGACGCAAAGAAAGUAGUUUGGCAUCCGUGGAUGUCUGCAACCCGUUACAACCGGCCACAGAAAAUCAUGCAUGGUAAGAGAUAUAUGUUUAUAAACUACCACUGCGGGAGAAAUGAUCGUAGUUAAAUUAUGUACUAAACAUGAUCGGCAUUAUCUUCCCAUUCAAACUACAUGAUUCCAAGUCAUCAGCGAGACUUCGACUUGCGGCUGAAUAGACCGUCGCCGUCUUUUAAUCUUCUUUCAAAUUUCGCUCGUUACAUUCAACACUUUAUGGUUUAAGCUUAGAAUAUACAUUUUGCGCAUUGUAAAGUGUAGCGUUUAAACGUAUUGUAUCUAGUUCGUAGUUCAAACUAAUGAGUGAGAUUUUGUUUACAAUAUGCGCCAAGGAAGUCGCAAGCAAAUGGUCAAAUUAUAAUUUAUGGUCCCAAAUUAGAUUGAAUAUCAAACUUUACUAACCUAUAUUUUGAAAGCAACGAGCCAGUGUCGAAGCAAUGCUUUGGAUCACUCUUAAAUCAAUCUGGGACGGUGAAGCCUACAAACAGUCUACUAUUUUGAAUAACUAUCUAGUUGUUAGCGGCCAGGCAUACUAGCGUUACUAUACAGUCAACUAUAACCACAGCAUAACUCGUCUUUAUCAAGUCACAUUUCCUUAUCCAAACAAGACUUUAAAACCUUUACCAGUAUUUACUAAAAUUAUAGCGUAGGAAGGGAGGAAACAAUUUCUUAAUAUGUGAAAGGAAGGUAGAACACAAAUCCUCAGAUUGGAAAUUUGUUUGAUCAAUUGUGCGAUUAUGAUAAGUCAUUCAGCUAUUAGAUACUGCGGCGGUGACUAAAUUCAAACCUUACGUGUUAUAUUUACGUUUAUACGUAAAGCUUUUAAAUGCCGCGGACCAAUAUCUCUCCCUGAAAAUUAAAGCUACACACGUUUAAGGACUGAAAGACCAUCUUUUGUGUGUGUUGUAAACCUAGCCUAGAAGAUCAGAACCCCAGAUUUUAAAUUGAAUUUGCAAUUCUUUUUGGCUCGUGAUCACUUUCGAAACAUACAAGACGGGAAACUGACUUAAAGCGAUUCCGGAAAAGAUGAGAAUAGAAAAUUAUUUGCCGACUAUAGCGACACGCAUCCUUGUGGAGUGUUUAUGAAUUGUUUCCGAUACCAAGUGAGUUGGUCGCCUCAGAAAGUCCUAUAGUCCAGAAAAAAAUAAAAUUGACAUGUAUAUAAUUACUAAAAGCAUCCCAAAAACACAUAGGCUCACUGUAGGGUUCUCAAUAUAACUACUACCCAAUGGCGGUCUAGAUUGAAAAUGGGAAUAUUCUACGCCCAAAUCCUGAUCAAUUUCCAAUUCGGAUCUCGCACCACAGAAUUCAUGCAGGAACACACUGGGAGGAAAUUCUAAUACCUUAGGAUUCUUUGGUUCACCACAGAGGGAACACUUAUACAACAUAUUCCAUACUUAUCUUGGGGACAACAAUUCCUUCCCUCUGCAUGCAUGUAGUUAGAAGAACUUCCCUCCAAGAUGAAGUAUUUCGUAAUUCAUGCAAGAAAUCUGUUCGUAUGAAAGCAUAAUUCCUGAUCGAAGGUGUUUGCUUGGGAAGUGGAAAUUGUUAAAAAGGAUCACAAGACUGGUUGAUUAUAUUGUCUGUACAUGUUUUCAAUUUGUUACAUACUGAGCCGCACAACAUGCCUUGUAGUUUACAAACUACAAAAACAACGAGAAUUAUAGUUCAAAUAGUAUAGAGACAAGUCGCUAUUCAGUCUUCUUUAAAAGAAACAGACUCUGUUUCGAAUUUUCCAAACCCUGCCAACUGCCACGUAAGCGUGAGCGAUAUGCUCUAACGCAAGGCAUAUACUUUUCACAGUCUGGUUAUUUCAUAUAGGCGUCGUCCUUAUUCGUACAAGAUUGAAAUUACAUUUCACACACUGGAAAAAGACAUUGCAAUGGGAUAUUUGUGAAUCUUCGUGGUCUCUAGAAUGAAACGGCAGUUUCUUUCGGUUUAAGUCCCAGAAAAGCCACAUUAGAACUCAAAAGAACUAAAAAGUUCCUCAAUGAAAGGCUGUGACAAAGGCUUCAACAAAGGCUUCAACAUUCUGUCUCGCGCUUUUCCCUUCGCGCUAAGGACCAGUUUAGGUUUUCAGCGCUUUAAGAUUCUUAAAAAUUUAGUAUACUAUAUCUACUGUUAUUAAUAUACUUGACGUUUUUUAAAGGUAUCAGUGCAUGUCUUGAUUCGAACAUACAUUGAAAUAGAACUUACCUUCACUGAAAGAUAUGUUUAAGCGGAAAGGCCGGAACUAACUUUUGAUGUUUUUAUCUAGGAAUCAUGCAUUUAUCGUUGUUAAAUUGUCCAAAUUAAAUUUUUGCCAGUUCAUUGUGUUCAUGCUUAAUGUCGUUAAAUAUUGCAAUAAAAAUGCAGUGAUGAAAACCAAGUCACUCAUCAGACAUGCAUGUUUUCGCUCGGUGCUCUGAGGAUUGCAUUCAUUUGCUUAUAUCAGAAUAACAAACAUAAACUGCAUAUCUGAUAUUGUACUUGGUUGUCGUGAACUUACAGACUUCGGAUUAUUCAUGUCUAACCAGUAUAUCCAUCUUUUCAAAGGUACAGAAAAACGGAAAAGUCAAGACGAGCUAAUUCCGGAGGACGAUGAAAAAGACUGCAUGAGUGACGAUUCAGAUUCGUCUGAUGAGACCAAAUCAAACUCGGGAAAGAAAAGGAAACGUUCAACCGACAGAAACGGCAAGGAAGGCAAACCACGACGUGCAAGAACAGCUUUUACUUAUGAACAAUUAGUUGCGUUGGAAAACAAAUUUAAGACGACGCGGUAUCUUUCAGUAUGCGAACGCUUAAAUCUUGCAAUGUCACUGAGUCUAACCGAAACACAAGUUAAAAUUUGGUUCCAGAAUCGUCGUACAAAAUGGAAAAAACAAAACCCCGGCAUGGACGCUACCGCUCCUACUCGCCCGAUCAUGGCGCCACCAACAUUGCCACAUUGUGGUUCUCCCUAUAUCUUGAACACUCAACAUCAUUUCUUCCCGACAAGUUGUUCUACUGCAAUACCAUUUAUGUUUGCCAAACCACAGCCAGCCUAUCCUCAUUUUUAAUGGAGGGAUAAAAUUGUGGUGCCGCUAAAUCGAACUAAAUGGUCGCUCCUACAUAUGUUCUUCAGCAGAAUGCAUGUACUUUGUGUUUUACCAUUUUACACAAAGCAUGCAGAGGCGAUGUUUCUGUUUCUCUGGUGUGGAAUUUUAAAACAUUUCUGGAUGGGGAUUCGAAAGAUGUCGUUGUAUACGCAGGACUAAGCUGGUUCGUUCUUGCUUUCUCGCGUGCACUGGAAUAUUCAGCCGUGAAAGUGAGAAUGACGACUAAAACCUGUUUCCUUGAGACGGUCGAAAAGUUGAAGGGAAUUUCAAAACAUACAAUUCCUCUACCUGCACAAGACAUGUCUGCGCUUGUCUCUUGCGCUGGGACAUGAAGACUAUAAAUCUCGCUCGAAGAAGAGUUUUCAAGAUGCAAGAUUAAGUGCAUUUCUAAAGUUUCUAAGGGAAAGAGAUUAGUCCAAAGAAGGGAAAAUUUAAUGAUCUUUUAUGUUCCAACUAAAACCAUGAAAUAAUUUUUGGAUUUGAUUUCUAUUUCACGAGAAUAACGAAACUAUUAAAUUUUCAAAAAAUGCGGUAAGUCCGUGACGAAUGAACAUUUUUGAAGAGUAUAUUUCUCGGCGAACAACUCUUUAAGAGAAUCAUUUGUAAAUGCGCAAUUACUAAGAUUUGAAUUAUUAAAAUAGGAUAUUAAGGGAUCAGUUUCAAGCUUUUUUCAUGUUCGAUGUUGGAUAAAAGAUGGUAAAUUUCCUCUCAUGCACACUUUGGCAUUGUGAGUCACCAACCGAUUUUCGGUGUCAAGGAGUCGAUGAUCAACAUUUCAAGGCACAAACGCUCGUCCAACGAGCAAGGCCUUAUUUCAACAAAAUGUACAUUAUGUAUUUUAAUAUAAUUUUAAAGAAAAAUUUGAACAGUUAGAGUGUUUUGUACAAAGGAACUCCUAAUUUAUGUAAAUACAGAAACAGUUGCUCCGUUUUAAACACACAACUGCAUGGGGUUAACAAUAUUGCAUCUUCAUUCGUACAAUUCGCACCUUUUGAAAAAUCACUGUAAAUAAAUUAUUUGAACACUAUCUUGCUUUAUUCUCAUUUUGUCUGCAUGUGUACGGCAAAUGCAGGCGUAGGCAAACUGUAGUUUAUCAGUUCUGAGCACAAAAUCAGCUCAAGUCAAUGGUUUUAAUGCCGAGAGAUUAAUGGAGAAUCGUGCCAUCGGACUUUUGAAAUGCAGUUGCUUUGCCUGUAUAUUUAUGACUUUUAUGCGAGUUUAUUACCACCUGCAUGUUUUAUAAAUUAUAUUUCCAAAACGAAAUUAUUCUGUGUGUCAGUUUAUUACAGAAAACUACAAGUUGUACCAAAACGUAUUUUGCAAGUAACAUGGGCCAAAUAUUGUAAGAAGUGCUCAUAUCAUACAGUUGUUGCGCCACGUUGACUCUAUCAUUUUUCGCAAAUGAUGUUCUGCACGCAUUACUGAAUGUAUUGGCAAUGCGCCACAAGAGCAGUUAAACCUACAAGCAAAACGCAGCAGUUGUAAAUCUUAUUAAGAAGUAUAUUUAUAAAUAACUGCGUUAGGGAGCUCAUAUCGUUGCCACAUGAGGGAAAGCCGCCAGAGCCACAAACAUAUUAGGAAUAUUUUCCGUUUAAAUGCUUUACGGUAUGUGACCGAAUCUGAACGAGAGUGAUUUUGUUUCCGCUUGAAAAUAAGCAAAACAAGGCGAACACCAAUGGAGGGUAACAUCCUAGUGAGUUUCCAUGAAGAAUUUGGGAGUAUUUGCACAUUUUGACGGUAAUUUUUCCCAUUGUGGCUAACAAGAUCAAAUGCAGUGACCCUUUGUAGUUCAAAGCUUCCACUUACAAGUUGCCCUCCCUGGAGAAUCUCAUAAAGAUGGCUUAUGUAACUAUAUACAUUAUACGUCGCAUUGUACCACAGUAUUCAUUGCAUUCCAGAAUAUAAUAAGAGAAAUCUGAUAGCUAAAGUCAAUACAUAUCCAACGUGUAAACCACUUCAAUUUUUGAAGAAACAAAACGUUUAAACUAACCUACAAGAACUGUUAAUCACAACACGCUUUCAUUAUAGGAUUAAGCAUUUCAGAUGCCGCAAAAUGUGUUCUUACUGUGCAACUAUAGGUGCAAUUUAUUGCGUUUAUUUUGCAAAUGUAAUGUGCAGCUUUACAAGUAUAGUAGUAGUGCAGAAAAUUAAUAUCAAUUUUAGUUCGCGCUAUUGUACAUUUUGUUCAGUACCGACACGAUCGAGAAGUUGGGGAAAAGUGCUUCUUCUCAGCUUAAGGAACAUAUAUACCACAAAAAUACGCAACAAAUCUCAGAAAAACUGAAGACACGAAAACCAGAAUAUGAAAGUCUUUCCCUUUGACUGUAGAACUGCUAUAAUAUAUAGGUACAAUUAGACCGUACUGUACAAUAUGUUAUCGAGCUAAGCAAGCUCAUAGGCAGAAAAAUCGCGAACACAUGCGUGUAUAAGGUAGGUCCGAGGAUAAAUUUUCCUUGUUGCCUGUUGGCAGCAAGUGAGAAUGACUUAAAAGCGACAAACAUUCUUAUGUUUACCAAGCGUCCAGGGGAACUAUAACACGAACGAUUACUUAAAUAAAUACAGAUAAACGACCGCUUACAUACCGACAAUGCGAUCGCAUUGUGAUACACUUAACUUUUAAACGGUUAGAUUAAUUAUUUGUCCUUGUAUUAAACAUGUAGCCGCGCUUUUUAAACGACGAAGAUCUCAUUUGCAAUUUCUGUAUGAAUGGCGCGGGUGCAUGUAUAUAAGUAUUUCUAGGGUGCGCGUCAUUUAGGGAAAUUGACUGACUACAGAUCGCAUCCGGGUGUCAGAAAUUAGAAAAUAAGCAAGCAUUAAUUCAUCAGCAAAGUAUCAGCAAAGGACAGAGGGGUAUUCCGACUUUUACUGCGGUGUGAAUAUAACUUACACUGAACUAAUAUGGUAUCAAGUGGCAAUUCAAGUGGCAAUGUGCAGAUUGAAGAAACUUCGCAGUGAAAAUGUUUGCUGAUAUAUGGCGUAAUAUUAAAGUUUGCGCACAAUUAGAGAAGUGAUCUCUACAGACUCGAAGGUCAGUCUAAGUGGAUAAUCGGUGAAGUUAAGUAAAUAAUUUUAAUGAAAAACACACAACAAUGGCGCGGCGGCGUAAAACAAAUCAGCCUGGUAUUGAUUAAACAAUGAACAGCGAGAGCGCGAGCACGCAGCAUUUUCACGAUAACGCCAGCCGUAAACACUCGCAGCCAGUUACAUACUGCUUUUAAUUUGCAAACAAUUUUAGAUAUUUGAGCGAAUAUUUGCAAAGCGGAACGGUGUGGUCGCGGAAAAUACCUUGGUAAACUCCCUCACGACAGGGUUAGCCUAAAUUGGAAUCGGCUGGUCUUGACAUAUGCUUGCCUUAACAGAAAUUCAUAGUACCUUUUACAACCCAAAAUAAUAACAUCCUAUUUUGAAGAUACAGAUUUUUUCGCAAUUUUAGCUAGGGCAUACAUUGAACACUAAAUUGAAAUGAUGGUCAUAUAUAUUUUUACUAGUUUUAUACUAUAGUUUUACUGAAAAAAAACCAUGAUCUUUCUUCAAAAGAAAAGAAACAGUUUUCAAAAUUUGUACUACAACUAGGUGGCAGUCGUGGUAGAGAAGAAAGUUUAAUUAUAUCCUUCAACCGCACGGCGUGUAACGGAACUACCAGAAUGAUUUACAACAUAAUUGCUAUUUCGUAUGCGCUUUUGUGAGGCAGCCAUUAAAGCACAAUGUCCAUCACUAAUUUUGCUGAAAUUACACGAAGUUUAAGCGAGUAUACUGUUAGCGCGCACGAUUCGUCGUCGGAUUUUUCGACGCGGUUAUCCACGAGUGGGCCUGAACGAGGCGGCAAGAUAACAUUAAAGGGUCGGGAUGUGCAAUCGUCUGAGAAAACGGUCAGCUCACAUGUUCCAUAUUAGUCGGGCUUAAAUACCGAGUCGGUAGAUCUCUUAAGCAAUGACCCGAUAAGAUUCAGUCUAUUAAGCAGAAAUGUGCGGCCACAGACAUGUUUUUCCUAGCCAAAGUUACAGCUAAAUUUUGCAUUCUUGAGCUAGUCUGCACAGACCUUUAUCUAUUUGCGUCUUUUUGCAUAACAUAGGUAUCGUUUUAUGGGGUUUUAAGCUUUGAAUGUGGAUUAAUUCUGCAGUACAAUUCCAGUGUUUUGGUGUUUGUACCUAGGAUAAUAGACAUAAUACCAAUCACAUGGCCUGACGUGCGGAUGACUUGCUAGCUUUGAGCACGUGUCCCGCCUACCAACAUAGCAAUAUCGGCAAACGUCUUUGAUGCUCAAAACACUCAAUCAAUUUUGUUGGUUAUAAUUAUUUCGCAAAACUGAUCAAUUUAACUAACCUCAGUGCGAGUACAAUAGGAAGUUUAACCGAAAAUAAACGAUCUUUUAGUGCGGUUUGUUGGCGCAUGUUUGCGGCGCAAAGUGCCCAAUUUGUUCUAAUUCCAUCCUAUUCGUGUGUUUGAAUAAGCCCGAUACGUGAGGUGUGGAAGCGUAUUGAAGAGACGGUACGGGUCACGAUAUGCAAGGCACGCAUUGAGAUAAUAAAGCUAAAUCGUUUAAUUGUUUAAUUUCAUGUUUGCAUGAUCACAAGAAUCGAAACUUAAAGGCAUGUUAUAAGGAAUAUGUCAAAAUUUGUCACAUUGAGACUUCACUCUCGAGUCAGAGGUCUUGAAAUUAAUGAAUGAAAAAGGCUUUAUUCAAUGUUCAGUAUAGCCCAUUGUGGAUGCCAAACUCUUCUGUUAUCAAUGCUGUGAAGGACCUUUGAAAUAUUUAUGUAUCGCGUAUUGAAGAUAAAGAUAAAUAAAUCACUCGGAUGGUUCUAUGACUUUAACGAGACGGAAGGUGCAUGCAUGCAUGCAUGUAUAUACGAAAACUCGACUUUAUUCAAGUCGCACUAUGGGUUUCAAAAAUUAAUAAGUAACAUAUAUAUUCGCAACUAACAUGUAUUUGUGUUGUCCAUAUAGGCACUUGUUAUGUUGCCCAUAUAAGCACUUGUCUUUGCAAAUUAAAAUUUGAACAAAAUUCGCUUUUCAGGAAUUUCAUUACAGCUAUUUUACAAAGAAAAAGAGGCCAUUGGAGCAAGAUUCUAUUGUGGUAGAGUACGUCCUCCUAUUAUAUGGUUUUCGAAUAUUCUCCAAUUCGUUAUGAACAAUUGAAACAAUACUGAGCAAAUAUAUAACAACACUGCAGUGUCUUCAGUAGUACUUACAUGUUGAACCUAAAAAUUUGAAUUCUUUAUAUUCACGUAAUAUUUAACCAGAAAACAUGUCAUUUCAGAAAAAUAGGCACGACUGCGUACAUGUGAAAAGGCCAGAAUUCAUGUGAAGAACUGUAUGGGUGACAAUAUCGAAGAUCAAAUAUACAAAAUAAUAAAAUUACUGUGUCUUGGGUAGAAACGUCAAGAUUUAUAUGAAUUGUGUAACAGUUCAGCCGAAAAAUAUUCUGCUGUUGCGGUAAAAAACUUUGUCAAUUUAGUACACCAACAAAAUUCCUAGAUUGAGUCACAAGAAAUUGCAAAAUAUUUUCCCUCAACAAUGAAAUUAAACUAUCGCCCUUGUUCCCUGGAUGGCCAAGAGAAAUGAUCUUUAAUGAUAAAUACUAACUGAAGAUAUUCAAUCCUUCAUAGGGAAUCGUGUUUAUGACAAAAUAGUUCUUCUUUUCGUAAUUACUAAGGAUUCAUCUCCUUCAAUGCCAAUAAUUUUCGCGUGUGAAAUCAACAGGAUGAAAAGCAUGCUAUGCAUGUUUAUGGCGGGCAACUUCGAAACAUGGUGGGCGAUAUUGAAUAGAGUGAAUACACUGUCUAAUUGGAUUUAAAUUGUAAGUAAUCUGUGGCUCAUAUUAAUUAAUAUAACGGAAUCAAACUUACAUUGCUUCAUAAAUAACUCAGCUUGUCAUCUCGACGGGUAGUUUGUGGGAUAUUUACUGGCUUUGUCUCAGCUCAUGUGCCUGUAGGGAAGCAAUGAUUAAGACAUACUUACAAGUCGGGGAACAUUCUAGAUUGAGUUAAAACAAUCAAAGAGUAAAACACUUUGAUGAAAAAAUAACAAACAUGUAACUGUAGCCUCGUUAAGUAACAAGAAACUGGCUGCAGUUUGCAAUGGAGUGAAAUUCAAAAGUCUGUUUUUAGUUGUUUUUCUCGCAAAUAAGUUUUUCAACAAGAACUAACUAUGAUCUAAAAAGGCAGCAAGCAGACUUGUAUCAAAGCUAUAACUGUUAUUGAUCUGUAAUUGAAUAAUGGUAUAUAGUUACAAGUUUACCAGAAUUGGUUAAUUUUAGUAGAUUUAUCAAUAAAUCACUCGGCCUCAUUGUAUAGUAGCCGUCAACAAAGAAGAUGCCGUGUAUGUUACAAGUAUUAUAAUAUUUAGGCUAUACAGCACCGCAUUAAAUUCAGGCCUAGAUAAUAUAUCGGCCCUUCCUGGCAGCAAUUUCCAAAGAUAGAAAUUUCGGUUAUCGUUCCAUGUUUCGCGCACCAAUAUAGGUUAGGGUUAGGGGUUAGGUAUUAAGGGUUAGGUUAGGGGUUAGGUUUAAGGUUAGGGUUAGAGUGUGUAUAUAUGUAUAUGGAGGUAUCCAGUUAACUUUUCAGUACACUAUAAUAUCCAUUACAUAACGUUUACUAUAUUGGUGCGCGAAACAUGGAACGAUUACCAAAAUUUCUUGUGUAAAGGCUAUGUUACACGGUGCAAUUUUGUUGUAAAAUGCGGAUAAUAUAGCCUUGCGAAGUUUGCAGUUUUUCAGUCAUUUUGCAUUACAAACGGGAAAUUGAUAAUCAGAUGAUCAAAGAUUUAGAUUUUUGGGCACCUCACUUGAUUGAACUCCAGUGUUGAAGGAUUUUGUAGAUGAAAAUUUCGAGGGUAAAGUUUAUAUAUUUACUUAGAUUUCUGCCAGAGGGUCUAUAGCUGCUCCCGCGGUUGGAAUCUCGUACCAAGAGUAUGCCCUCAGGUUAGGUGCUGGCCAUGAACCUAACCUGCGAACGGGCAUACUCUGGGUACGAGAUUGCCGCGGUUGGGUCUAAUAAAUGCAUAAAAUUUGCACCCGAAAUUACAAAAUCCUUCAACUCUUAUACAACGUAGACUUGUCCUGAACAUAGAUAUCUUAUAUACACUAUUCAGCGGUUACUCCCAUUUUAAUAGAUGGCGGCCAUGUUGAAGUUUCCCACUCGCUAAUAAAAGCUUGAAAAACAACAAUAACUUUCAUCAUUUGAAUAGUUUGAAAAUGUAUUUGGAAUAGGUUUAACUUAAUGUUUAAGUUCCCUGUUUGAGAAAUAGAAAACAUACGAGUCUUCUCAUUUCAUGGGAAUAUCCUGAGUCUGCAAUCACGGCUUCAAUUUUUGAAUUGCAGAAUAAUUCGAUGCACUAUCUAGUGUAUAUAAGAUAUCUAUGGUCCUGAAACGUAGACUUGUCCUGAAACGUAGACUUGUCCUGAAAGCCAGACUCAGUCAUUAUAAACUAAUCCAUGACCAGCACCUGCUAUUCUAAUCGAAUCAUUUCAAAAUCCAAUCAAUUCUCAACAUAAUUAUACGAUUUGCGUAACUCAGACUUCAAGUUCUAUCUCCCAAAACCUAACCUUUAUCCUUUGGAAGAACUUACCAUCCGAAGUUAGAAAUUCUGUUUCGAUAAAUACUUUCAAUUCCUUAAUUAAUUUCCGACGUCUGUCUUCACAUAAUCCUCUUUUUUACUUGUUCAUACAAUUUAAAUAUCUAUUGUGUUUAUUGUCUUCAUUUAUAUUAUAUGUAUAUAGUUUUCGUUUUAAUACUCUUACGCCCCCCUUGGAAAUCAUGCAGCUGUUGUUGAAGGGGUAUAAGCGUGAAUAAAUAUAGUUUUAAUAAUAAUAAAAAACCCUUCCUUGAUCAACCUAAAGCAAACAUCUGUAGCAUACUAUUUAUUCAGUUCGCCCGACGAUUUUACUCCUAAAUGGAGAGGUAUAGUAUGAUAGCAAGAGUUCAUGCAACCUUUUUGUGUAAGCGACAUAUAAUCUUCAAUAGAGAACAUUUUUAAAACACGUCCUUUUUACAUUCAUUCAAAGCCAACAUAUUAUCUUCAAUAGAAAACAUUUUUAAAACACGUCCUUUUUACAUUCAUUCAAAGCCAACAUAUUAUCUUCAAUAGAAAACAUUUUUAAAACACGUCCUUUUUACAUUCAUUCAAAGCCAACAUAUAAUCUUCAAUAGAAAACAUUUUUAAAAUGCGUCCUUUUCAUAUUCAUUCAAAGCUAAUGGGUAUAUAACAAUGAGCCAAAUUAAGUAGUCACAAGUUUCGACAAGUUAAUCUAAUGCGAUUAUACACGAAUUUUAUUAACUGCCGUGUCAGUCAUCUUCAUUCAGCAAAAGACGUCAUCUAAAACCGACAAUACUGAUACAAUCUCUGAUAUUCCAUGCCAAAACCACGGUAUAUUAUCUAAUUGCUAUUGAUCUUUUUUUAUAACGACAUGACGUUAUAUUUACAAAAGAUUUGCACUCAGUUUGAAUAUUGUUCGCGUAGUUUCGCUCACCUUAAACUCUUUGUCACUACGUCAGUUUCAAACUUGUUUCGUCCGAGAGAAGAAGACGGAAAAUAGUGACGAAGCUUUAAAGGAGUAGCGAAACUAUACUACAUAUUUCGCUCAAUCUUCAUGAUUCGAGCACUUUCUUACAUUUCGUGAACCAACACACACUUAUAUUUGACGCACACAUAAUUAUGCAGAAGUCUCUAAAGAACAAAACGUUUUUCAAAGCAACAACAUGGAAUAAUUCGUUUGCAUUUGGUGCAUCGUUCGAUUUGAUUGUCCGCCAUCUUGGAUCGUUUACCCAAUUCAUUACUAUGACGUCACACAUCGAGUGCAAUUGAGUAUUGGUUGGAUUUGGAGCAUAGGAGCCUGAUUACUGUAUUUUUACUGUCUUACUUUUAUGCUGUUUUCACUAACAAUGCAGCAUAAUUAUGAUGAUGAAUUCUACUAAAGGCCAAGUUACACGAACUAAUUUUGGCAUGUAAUGUAAAACUGACUGAGAGUAAAAUCUAUCUAUCUAUCUAUCUAUCUAUCUAUCUACGUAUCUAGCCAAUUAGAUUAUCUAUCGAUCUAUCUAUCUAUCUAUCAGAAUAGAGACUAUACAGAAGCCCUACUUCUUGUUUUUUCCUUCGUUUUUGGCGUAACCGUAAUUCGUCAUCAAAAUGCUGACGCCAUGGUCCUAGCCAGUGCGCUUAUCAGAGGCAUUCACCUCCCUGAUAAUAUUCAAAAUGGCGGAUGUCCCGGGGGGAAUGCCUCUCAAAAGCGCACUGGCUAGGACGAUUUGGCGUCAGCAUUUUCAUGACGAAUCAUGGCGUGGAAGCGGUUACGUUUUUUUGACUGAGUCGAAUUUCUGUGUGUCUUUAUUCUGUGACAUAACCUCCUCCUUAACAGGAAAGUCAGUUUAGAGUGAAUAAUAUAUGCAAUGCAAACAUUUUAAAUUAAAUUUUGCCACCAUGUUGUAGUCCGACAUACAAUGCUUACUGACACUUAUUUUACCUGCCAAGUAUAAACACGCCGUUAAUUGCGGUUGGGCUAAUAAUUUUAAUAACAUGCAAAUUUCAAUAUAUUUACAAAGUGCACUUCUUUGAGCGCUGCAGAAAAGGCAGACCGUUUCUAGUUUUUCCCAAGUGAAAAUGGAAAUGUUUAAAUGUUUCUGUAAUAAGCUUCGUUUUACCAGGUAAACCAAAUUCACACUACAAACAAGUAGUAAGGACCGAGUGGUCGGACCGACAUUGUUAAUUACGGUUAUACCACAAUUUAAAACCCGAUCAUUAUAUUUCAUGAACCGCUGAAUACCAAAGAAAUUAGAAGAAACCCGAUAUAAAGCCCACAGUCACGCAUUUUUCCUCAGUUCGGCAUAGCAACAUAUAUUGAAAAUCAUCCGAUUUUUCUACGUAUUUAUACUCAUUAUAUAGCCCACGAACAGGCCACCCCUAACCCAGUGAGCCUACUCGCACAACUUUAGAUCAUUCACAUGCCUACUUAUACUAUUGUUCUAGUUCACAGAAGCACAUAAUAAAACAAAGGUAACUAAGCUUUAGGAUUAUGUACAUGAGUAAAUGACUCUUAUAUGCUUCACUGCCAGUAACUAGAACAAUAAUAACUCUGAAUUGGAUAGUAGAGACCUUACGAUUUUAGGACGGCAACGCGACGACGACGGCCAAAAUAAACUCAAAAAAAUAAAUGGUAGUGAAGAUAAUUCGUGGUAUAUUAUCAAUCCUACGAAUUUAAUACAGUCUUAGAAGUUGAAGACAUGGGUUUUAUGUUUGGGAAGAGUUCUGCUGAACACAGUUUGAAGUUGCACUUGUUGCGGCUUGAAAUGCAGCCGUUGUAUCAAGACGUGAAAAUCUACGAUUUGGCGUUGUAAACAGAGCGAGGACAAUGACUAAAUUAUUCAUAUAUAGUAAUUAUUCAAUUCUUUUCAAUGAUUAUUCGUAGCGGUUGCCGUCGCGGUUACCGUCCUAAAUCGUAAGGUCUCUACAGACUGUAACGAUGUGACAACGUCAGCCAAAUUUGUUUAUAAGCAAUCAACCAAAUCAACCAAAAUGGAUUUGAUUGCAAAAGACCCAUACCCUGAUUCAUACUGAAAACAGAUUUGAUUAUGACGAGGUCCUAAUGGGUAAAAAUAAUCACCGUUUAGAUGCUCGUCUAUAAAGUUUAUGUUGUAUUUUAAACAGUUUUCCUAUUUUCCGUUUUGCACGCACAUUUUUGGCAAAUUAUCAACUGCGCGCGAUUGCUUUCGAAAUUCUUUUCGCAAUUUUCACAUGAUUCAGUUCAAAAUAUAAACGCGGUGUUGCUUAUAAAACGUUUAAAAAAUCAUCAGAAAUCACUGCGGGCUCUAAAUAUUGGAUUAAAGUUUGGUUUAGAUCUUUCAAAAACAAACUAUAUACGCGGCAAUAAAAUGAAUAAAUGAAUUGACGAAACAGUGGGGAGUACGUGGUGUAAGCAAACUUUAUGAAUGGUCAGGAACAGUAGGCGGUACUUUGUGUAAGCCAACAUAUGAGCAUGUGGAAAAGAAAUCAAAAUUCCAUCUCGAUUCAGGGACAGACAACAGGGAGGAGCUGGGGAAAUGUUGAUUUAACUCGAGUAUUCCUUUCAUGAAUAAGAUAAUAAUUGAAAAUAAAUCACAAUAAAAGCUCACAUAUUUAACUGUGUUUAUUCUGCAAGUCUGGUUUGCGGGAUAUCCUGUUUGGUUGAAUCAUAGGCCAAGGCUUUCGAAUAAAAACAGAGCUGAUGUUUAACCUAUGAAUCAAGUUAUAUUAUAAAGCUUGGUUAAUGCGUGUAAGAUAGGAAUAUAAGCGCAACUGACAAAACCAGGGGGCGCUGUACAUGGUGUGCGAUAAAAGCUUCGACAUAAGACAAGCAUAAACUGAUAUAUAUUAUACACAUAUCAUAUACACAUCUAUAAUAGAUCUCUAUGCAUAUUAAGCUAAGAAAAAUGAAAACCACUUUUCACAUAUCAUAUACACAUAUAGAUCUCUAUGCAUAUUAAGCUAAGAAAAAUGAAAAACACUUUUCACAAGUACAGUUUCUUUCAGCUUUUUAUGUUAACCGCAGAAGAAUUCUUAUCUGUUUCUGCUUAUAUAUUUGUGCUACCUAUAUGAACCGGCAACACAAUGAAAGUUUGCAGUGCAAAACGUUUGGGCAACAUAAGCAUAAAUGUAAAGUCCAAGGAAAAUCUAAUUAUUUCCAUUUUUGUGGCAGAAUACAAACGGUAUUGGCUAAAAGGGAUGGACGAGAAGAAGGUUUUCAAAAUUUAACUCAGAGCGCUUCAGUUUAUAGGGUUAAUGUUAGGGUUGGGAUUAGGUUCUAGGUAAUACAAGGUAAGUUAAAGAAGGUAAUUAGGUUUGAGAUUGUUGAAAAUGUCUGAUUGUUGAUUCUUUGGCAUUUUAACGAUCUUGGAAAUCCCUUAGUAUAAUCACCUUGAGAGUUUUGAAUUUCAAGUUCCCAAGGAACACACAUGAUGGGAAAAUUAGUGUAUGGCAUGAUUAUUUUUUAAUUAAACUAAAUUUUAAACUUUACGGCUACUAUAUAUGGCAAAAAUACUUUUAGGAAAAUUUCUUUAAUGAAAUAUGUUCAUUUAACAGUAGUAAUCUCUGCAUGAUCAAAAAUAUUAAUUGAAAACAUGUCGCCAUUAAAAGAAAAUUAAGUCGAGGUUUCCAGUCGUAUAUAGCUCCUUAGAAUGUAAAAAUAUUUUGUAUAGAGAGUUUGAUUAUUGAUGGUAAAAAUGUCAUUUCAUUAAACUGUGUUCUUUGUACAAUACAAUGGCUGUCUAUAUACAACUUCUAUGCAGGAAGUGUCUCGUGUAUUAGCUUCCCUGACUGGCUGACUAAUGCAUGAACACAGCCAAUCAGACAAGGGCAAUGCAGUCCAUGGUCAGUCCAAGGUCAGGCCAAAUCUUGCAGUCUCAGCACAAAUGCACCAUGUAUUUAGGGUCGUAAAGGGAUAAAAGUAUGGGGAGCUGCAUGGUAUUUGUGUAUUUUUCACCUGGAAUACGAGUUUUGAACCACUGGGAAUGGGAUUUGCACCAUUUAAACAAGUGGGUCGGGUGACUAGAUUGAGAGGAAAUUUGGCCUGUUAAUUGGAUUUGAACCUGCCCCUCACCCCCUACCUGCCCCUUACACCCUCCUCCACCCGACACCCCUUCAUGAUCUCUUAUUCCUAUUUUAUAAUAACAUUAAUAAAAAGGUUCAGUUUCGGGACCUCAAUCUUCUCUCAUAUCACAGUGCAGAAAGACCUUCAACAAACGUUUUACAGAAAAACAAUUUCCGAGAAAUACGCCUGUAUUCAGCAGUUAUAUCACUCGUUAUAGUAAAGUGAAAUUAUGAAAUGAAUUAAAACAUAAAAUACGGUAUUUGAGAAUUCAAUGUAAUACAACUUGCAUGAGGUACAGGUUUUAACAGAUUUCGGAAAUUAAGAGCAAUAAAUGAGUUGUAACCACCAAGGUCAAGAUUACUGAAGUAUCUUGUAAGUAUAUUUAGCAUUCGGAGGUCAAGGCUACAACCACAAGUGUUUAAUCUCAUGUUGGCUUGGUAAUUUAUGUUGAUUCCUUUUCCAAGCUAUGGCUUUUGCACAAAGCACUAGAUUCUAUAUUCAUAAUAUACUUAAGAAUGGUCGAACUUCAUUAUACACUCCAUAUCCUGGAAGCACUUAUAGUUCAUCGAUAACUUUAUAUUUUGCAAAAUAUAAGGUCAAGGCUACUAUAUAGCUGUCAUAAAAUAUGUUGGCCUUUAUUAAAACAGCAAGUACCACUCACAGGAUCUCUUUUGAAAAUCAUCAAUGGCUUUGUGACACAAACAAAAUUUCAUUUGCAUGUUUAUUACCAAGAAUUGGUAGACGCUUUAAUGAUCUGAAACAGCAAAAUGGUGGAAAACAACACGCUAUACAAAUCGAAGAUUCUAAUCAUUUUGAGGUGUUUUUAAUAAUAUUGAUAAACGUUUGUCCUCUAGUCUAUGCAGUUUCUCAAAGUGUGCAACUUGUCACGCUAUAGAUAUAAAAAAACCAGCUAUAGUAUUUGAAUAGACAAUCACAUAAAGAUAACUUAAUUUAAGGAAAAUUAUUACCACAGUUUCAAAGUAAGAUAUACAAUGCUGAUUUCGUUUGUGUAUUUCGCUCAUGAAUAGUUAACGAGCUCGGUCGAGAAAUCAGUGGAUGUAUCGUGCACAUGCACGCGGUAUGUUUCUAAUGGAGCAAGAUUAAGUAUUUCAUCCAACUUUAUUUUUACAAAGUAUAAAAUCAUUGUGUGGUUUCUAUAGCACUGAUUAACUAAUGUACAGGGCAUGCAUUAAAGAGUUCUCCAAUGAAAGGAGGAAACAGAAAAGUACAGGAAAGUACUCGGAUACACAGUUGAUCAUAAAUAAAUUGAUUCGGUAAUCCAUGCCCAUGGGCCAUACAGUUGUAAGAAUGUUCGUUGAACUACUUCAACAUAGUUAAUCAAUCAUAGUCAGAUUAACGCCUGUAUUCUAAAAGCUCACACACGCUCAAAGAGUGGAAGUUCAAUCUAUUUAUUUAUUUAGCUUUGCCAACUAGGGCAGGGUCACCACAACAGCAUAUGCCAAUUACUGUGGGCCCUUUUUACCUAACCCACCCUGUCAACUUUCCCUGUGGGAGGAAACCGGAGUACCCGGGGAAAACCCACGGCUUUCGGCAGAGCGUUGACUUUUACUCUUUUCACAUGGGGACUGGGUUCGAGUCGCACUGAGAAGGUACUUAGUGAGAUUCGAACCUGCAGCCUCAGAGGUGAAAGGCAAGUGCGCUAACCACUUGGCCACCGAAGCCCCAAUCUGAGCUUCCCUUGAGUGUCAAUGCUGUUUUUGACUAGCUGGAGGGUUAGUGCCCUACCUUACUGUGUGACUGGCUGACUGCUCACCCUCCAGCUAUUCAAAAACAGCAUUGACACUCAAGGGAAGCUCAUAUUGAAUAUCCACUCUUUGAGUGUGAGCUUUUAGAAUAUAUAGGCGUAAGUGUUUUCUGCAUGUAAAUGUUCUCUGGCAUUGACAUGCACUUAUAUUAUACUCUAUGUACACAAUUAUAUUUUCAUAUCUUAAAUUUUUCGAGUAUAUGAUUCUGAAUAUACAGUAUAGCUCACCUUAAUGUGAAUUACAAAUCUUAUUAAAUUCUGAAGAGCAAUCUGGAUCUGUCAUUCAUUGUCUUAGACUGUAUUGUUUGUUAUAUUUUCAAGAGUUAUCGUAAAUUAUUCACACACAAUCUCUUAAUGAUCUAUAUUGCUCUUCGCCUUAUCCAGCAUUUGCAGGACAAUGCUUGCGUGCACAGCUCAGUUUCGAAAGAUAAACAGUUAGCAAAAUUUUCCCAAGAUGAUAAAGCCAUGGCCAUAUGUUUGGGAUUUAAGAAAUUAAAUAGUUCCUUUUUCAAUAACUGGAAUUAAAAGUUUCUUUUAAUAAAUGCCACCUCUUUGUAGCUUCUGUCACCUUAGAGGACAAUAGUUUUGUAUAUUGGAUCAACUUCUACAGUCCUUCAAACGUUAUAAGAAAAGCUUGAUAAAUACCAUUAAGUCAAGCUUUACUUUAGAAUAUAUUGCACAACUUGCAUAUUGCUUUUCCUAAUUACUUAUCUUUACAUAUGUAUGCCUGCCAUUUUCAUCGUUAAAUUUGAUAAAUUAGUAAUGAACUAUCUGUAAUUAAUUUGAAUAGUGUAUUUCUAUCAAGUGUUUUCUUUGCUUGUAAUGAGUACUUCAACUUGAAAGUCUUUUCAGGUUGUGGAUCUUGCAUAAAUUAAUGAAUGAGUACAAUUCUCGUGUUACAAUAUCUCCCCUUUCACGAUUAGAGGCUAGGUUAUUUGAGAUGGUGAUGCGCAGAUCUCUUUAUACGUAUCUGGAAUGCUGUUUGCAAGAUCCAGUGUGUUCGUAUGCAAAUUUGUCCAACUUACGUAAACUAUGAAAAUAAACUGCAGCUUAGGUCAUGGAUAUAGUCAGGGUGUCCCCUCGACUACACUUCACAGGGUAUCCCCCUCGACUGCACUUCACAGGGUAUCCCCCUCGAUUACACGUCACAGGGUAUCCCCCUCUAAAACACUUCACAUGCAGGGUAUUCCCUCGACAACACUUCACACGGUAUCCCCCUCUAAAACAUUUCACAGGGUAUCCCCCUAAGCAACACCUCAGCUUGGGUUAAGAUUGAAGUUUGAAAGAGGGCCUUUUAUAUAAUAGAUAAUUACAGUAAUAAUGUUGGCUGCUCACUUUACACAGGGCAGCCCCUUUUAAAUUCUUUGCUCGAGCCCUCUCUCUUUCAAAACUAUUUAUUGUAUGUAUAUUGACAGCAUUUUUUAGCUUCACUUUAACUGGUACUAAUGCCAUAUAUUAUUAUUAUAUGUUAUAUAACAUAAUAGAACAUCUCUAGACCUAGCAAAUAGAAAGUAUAUCUGAAGCAUAAAAUCCACUACUAGUUCAGAAUGUUAAGAUAAACAAUAUUAACUUUAAUCAAAAUCGUAACAUAAUCCUAACCCUAACUCGUACGCCUACUCAAUGCAAACAGUGAGAUAUGAAAGACACUGUGAUGUCCUUUCAGAAUAUUUGAUAGCUACUGUAGAUAUUUGAGUGAAAGUCGCCAUGGUCAGGUCAGGUCACAGACCAUUUCAAUACACAAACACUUUCACAGUUCAGUAUUAUCAGAAAAACAAUAUUAACUUUAAUCCAAUUCUUAUAUAACACAGUCCUAUACACUCCUAACCUAAAUUCGGAUAUUUUUAUAGAAAGUUUCCUUUAUAUCGCUGAGAACCUUGACUAAAAACAUAACGCUAUAUGCCUUGUGCAAUAUCGUUCAUCUCAAGUGUAUUUGUUUGCCUUGUCAUCACCACAAAGUUGUUUGUCAUCCUCAAAGAAAGAACUUGAGGUUAUAAUUCAAGACUCAAGAUGCAUUCAAGUUUAUUCAAAUUAAUCACACCUUUUUUCUAACAGCUCUUUAUAGUCUUUAUAACGCAAGAUCCUGUUUUCAAUAUCCACACCUAAAACGUGGAUCAAAGAUUGGAACACAGAAUCUACAUUGCGAAAUGAGGAAACUUAGAAGUCACUCCGAAAAAUUGCUAAGUUUCGGAAAUUAGACCCAAUAUAAAGUUAACGCCUUUUUACCAUAAAAGUAUAGUAAUAGUUAUUAGUUGCUUAGUCAGUAUAUCCUAAUAUCCAUACCUAUAAUGGCCUAGGGUGGGUCUAUAAUCACCAUGAUUGCUUAGAAACAUCAUGCGAUCUGCAUAUGGCGGAAUUACACUUCUGAAAAUGUAAAAUUCGAAGUUUCGGAAAUUGGAAACAAUAAAGCUAACGCCUUUUUAAUAUGUUAUUAAUUUACUAAUAUGUUAUUCAAUAUGUUUUAAUAAGGUUAUUUUCCAAGCCUAUUUCCCUCAACAAAAACCGCAAUAUAUUCAUUUCCGAAUCUAUUUAUCCUAAGCCACAUCCUGACAACUUUCGUAUGAAACUAUAUAGUAUAUAUAUCUUGACAACUUUCGUAUGAAACUAUAUAGUAUAUAUAUCUUGACAACUUUCGUAUGAAACUAUAUAGUAUAUAUAUAUAUCUUGACAACUUUCGUAUGAAACUAUAUAGUAUAUAUAUAUCUUGACAACUUUCGUAUGAAACUAGUAUACAAGUAUAAAGUUUACGCCUUUUAUUGGAAGAAUAUUAUACUUUGACGUAUAAUUAUUAAUUUAUCCUGAGUUCCUAACCCACCCUAGAACUUUCCUAUGAAAAUAUAAGUACGAAGUUGACGCCUUUUAAGGACAUUUGCGUAUAGCCUAUUAUAUAUCUUAACAACAAUUGUAAAUUACUCUUUAAUCUAUUUAUCCUAACCCUGGCAACUUUUGGCCGGGCGAGGAACCCGCGGAGUACGUCAGUAAGUUAACGCCUUUAAAAGCUUAUCUAUAUCACAUUUUUAAUAUAUUUACCCUAACCCACCCUGUCAGCUUUCCAGGAGCUAUAAAGCUUUGAAUUUCCUAUAAUAAUUCCACACAAUACUCUAUCUCAUCCUGCUAUUUUUUCUGUAUAUGGAAACCGAGUACCCAAAAAACAACUGGCUUUCUCGGUUAUAAUCGUUAUAUGUUACGGUCACAAGGUCGUUCACGGUUAGAGAGGAGGGUUGUGAUUAGGGUUAUUAACAAAGAAAAAUAUACGAGGAACAUAACAAUAUUAACAGACAACUUUAGAUACAAAUAGAUUUUUCAUUGUUUAAUUUCUGACGCAACCACAAGCCUAAAGGUCUUGUGACCGUUACGUACAUAACGAUAUAUAACCACUUUCUCUACAAAGUAUAAACCUCGAAGUACAAUCAGUCCGCGGAUUCGAACUCCGCCGGGAUCUCAAAGGCGCUUUCUCUAACAAAUAUGGCUUUGCAGAAGUUGUAGUGGUGCCAAGGUCAUGCUCAAACAGAAGGCCUUAGCUAUAUAUAGCACAAUUUGCAAUUGAGUGAAAUGGAUCACACUGAAACGAGUGUCUGAACUGAAAACUGACAUUUGCCCGCACUUUUGAUAUAUUAAAUAUAUACAAAAUAUCUACAAUUGGCUUGAAUUUUAGCUUAUCUAAAGAUAUCUAAACCUCAAGCAUUUAGUUAUAAAUUCAUAUUCCUAAGAGGGAGGUUUUAAAUAAGGUAUGAUAUUAACCAUUGUAUCCUAGGAAUCCCCAUCGAUCAAAACAUAUAAUAUUUCAAAUCUUUUAUCAAAUUAAAUUAUUCUUUCAUAAUCGGUUGUUUUUCAAUCAAUGUCACAUUAAGGGUAUAAAUCAUAUCGAUCAUAGGGCAUUUAGUUCUUUAUAUUUGAUUUCCUUUGACGUACAAGUUCUUCAAAUUUUAAGUGUUUACGAAGUGGUUUUAUAUUUGUUUAGCCUUGAAUCCGGAGUGUAAUCUAAAACCUUUUAAUUCUUUUAUAUAUAUUUCAAUGAAUCUUUCAUGAUGACCAGAAGUUCGCCAGAGUGCUUUUUAUGAGGUUGCCAGAAGUAAAUUAUGUGAUAAAGUCAUCGAUAAAAAUAACCUUGCUCCUUGUGUUUUCGCCAAUUUUCAAUCACAGGAAAUUUCUCCCCAUUUGAACAAAUGUCUGCUCAUAUUGUCACCUUUUAUCUAUAUAUUACUGCUAUAAACAUUAAGUUUUAUCAUUUUCCCAAUAAUACAAAAAAAUAAGCCAAUGUUUAUUAUAUUACAUGUUUCGAGUGAAAGAAAAUCUUUCUUUAUUUGAGUAUUUGAAAUAAUUGCUUGUCCAUGCAUAAAUAUGCUCCGUGCGCUGUUCUGAUUGGUCGCCUAUGCAGGCCGCCACUAACUGAUGGCUAUAACUGAUAUUGCUCACUUGGUUGGUUGGUUAGAAAAUACGAAGAUCUAAGUUCUUCGUAAAUUUGCACCGCGACGAUAUAAAAUAUGUUUUUGUUUGUGCAAUAAUAAAUAUACGUGAUGUUUUUCCGCAAACCAAAACAUAUAUUAAAUAUGAAAAUCUGCAUAUUGUCCUCAUUCCGAAAAAUACCGAUUCAUUUAGAUUUGAUCGUGUCGGAAUAUAAUACAAAGCCAUUGCAUGGGCUAUCAUCCAGCAAUACGUUAUAUAUAUAUAUAUAUAUAUAUAUAGUCUGGUCAAAUAAAGUUGUAUUUGUAUUAUUAUGUUCAUUAAUAUUUCAAUUCAAAAUAAGAACUGGGAUACUAAUUUGUAUUUGAAAUCAAAGAAUUCGGUUCCAAUAUGAGGUUGAAGGCGAUGACGGAAGUAAAUUUUAAUGUAAACUGCUCUGAGUGUUCUCCUUGGAGGUACAAUAAUUAAGGGUUUGGUCCAGCAAGGAAAACAGAAGGCAUGUGGGAGUACUUUUGUCUCACGUACGAAAUCGAACCUCUAUAUCACAGAGGCGAAAUCAGGGCCGUAAGCAGGAUUUUUUUCACCAUGGGGCAGUAAGUACCUAUAUAUGCUGAAAUAAGUACCCAAAUGUCACGGCAUUUAAAGUCAUAUCAGUUAGAUGCAUGCUUAUGGCUACCCCAUACAGAAUCAUACAAUUUGAGUCACAAGAUAAGGGUCAUCUAUACCUAUACUAUCCAGGCUCGUGGUUGGUUGAUUAUAACAAUGAAAGACAAUAAAACUAUAAAGAACGAGUCACGAACAAUGAUCAUUUUUGUUUCUGAAAGCCAAUCACAAAACAUGAUCAUUUUAGGUAGAUCUUUACCCCAAGAUUAUAAGAGCCAUUUGGCUUUAUAAUUUAUAAUAACAUUAUAAAAUUAGUGGUCAUGGGCGACAUAUGCAAAUGUACUUAAACCACUUCACCACCUAUACCCCCAAAGGCACACCUACACUUAGCGAGAGGACUUGAACCUACUGCAGACAGAAUUUAUUAGUUCCUCUUCCUGUUUUAAUAAACAUUUCAGGAAUGCAAUUUAUUUCAAAACUUCAAACUUCGACUAUCCGCUGAUUCCCGAUUUCAACGAGAGUUGGUUCCAGGCUUCGGGGGGUAUUCGCAGAGUGCAUGCCUACUCCACAGGCCCUGUCGCACCAUGGGAAGGUCACACAAAUACGGUGGGCCUGAGGAAUUUUGUAAAAAAUUUGCCAUGAUGUUGGUAAUUAAAUGUGCAACAUAAAUUAGCAUAAAUAAAUAACCAACCAUCGUUUCAGCGAAUCACAGUACAGCUUUUAGCCAAAAUCGUAUCUGAUUAGUCAGUUAUAUCUGCCCUAGCAGCGCCAUGGCGUAGGAAAUAUAUGCGUAGCAUCAUGAAAAUUCAAUAUUUUAUAAGCAAAAAUACUUUUUUUACGACCUAUUAUUAUACGACCUAUUAUAAGGUUUUUUUAGCUUUUUAAUUGACCCUUCUGCAAAACGUUUUUCACUAGUUUUAGUUCCCAAAUAGAUUUUCGGGUUUAAAUUUGCUUUAUUGAAACUUUUGACUCGCGUUGACACAUGGGAAAUGUAUACCAUUUUGUUUUAGAAUUGUAACCUCCCAUGAUGCACGAGGGCCUGUGGUGCGGUACAAAUUUGUACAAUAGCAUCAAUUGAUGAUUCCUCUUAUUACGUUUUCGUAGCGCUUUGCAUUGUGGUUAUAGUGGUAUCACUGAUAAAGAUAGCGGCCUCGAAUGAAAAUAUUGAAUGUUUUCGCGAAUAUUUUGCUGUUGGCUAUCGCGCACCUAACCCUAGCUUUUUUCAAAAAGUUCUCGCACGGGUCAGGACAAAAAAUAAGCAUCUUGAAUAUCAGUGAUACCACUAUAACCACAAUGCAAAGCGCUACGAAAACGUAAUAAGGGGAAUCUAGUAUUGUUUAAGGAAGGUUGUGAAUGUCUUAUUUUUUCAAAAAAGUACAGAUCUGGUACUGGGAAGUACAAUCUGAAGGUAUCAAAGAUUUCCUCUGAAGAAGAGAACUUCUUAUACUUUGUACAACCGGUUUCCGUUGUAUUGACUAUUGUUCUAGCAUGGCAUAACCGGCGUAAUUCGUCCAUUAUUUUUAUAUUGCACAGCCUGCAUCGGUGUAUAAAUUAAAUGCUGCUGGAUGCUUCUGUAAUAUGUGCUUUAGCUCUGUAAACGUCUUUCUUAACCAGUUCCCACGAAGACAGUUUCCUAUGUUUUGUCCGACCGUCAUCUCAUAUCAUUGUUCGAACUCGCUGAUACGAUCUUGCAUCCGGGCAUUAAUUAUUACCCGCUCCUAUUUUCAUAUCAGGCACAACAUACGAUAUUGGGUAGUCAUUCGUAAAGCGCUUGUUAUAUGUAUCACCGCCCAUUAGAAGUGUUUUAAUUUAAAUAAAAACAGGCCACCUCUGAUUGUCUACAACAUACAAACAAUAUCAAUACAGGAUAUACGGAUUGAAUCCUCUAUAUACUUACAAUUGUUUAUAUUAAUAUCGGCUAUGAUACAUUACUGUAUGGUUUUAUUUUGUGAUAUCAAUCGAUCCUAUGAUGUUUUAGGUUCCGGAUAGGUUUCGAUGGUGACAAGUAUUACCAGCACUAAUGGAGACGAGUACACGUGCUAUCUUUCACAAAAACAAAACAAUUAUUUUAAUCGCCAUGCAAAUCUACAAAAAAUAUAAUCACAUGGCCAUACUUGAGAUGCUUUUCUUAUGCUAAGUACAUUGCAGCAGUUAGGAAUAUAAUUUGUUUUUGUUUGAGGAAACACUAUGGUAAGACUUACUAUUUAUCAUUGCAAAGCUUUCUGUAAAGCCCAUAUCUUCAUGAUUUUCACGGAUGAACCCAAAAACUUUGCCAAACACAUAAACAUGACCACAAAAACAAAACAAUUAUACCAUCAAAUUAAUAAUCUUUUCUUGUAUAGUAAACUGAUGAAUAACAGCAAUUAUAAAUAUUACACCAUUUUGAAUAUCGCCAAUUAAUUCUCGGGCAAUACUUGGUCAAUAUAGGUUAGAUAAAGCCCGCCAGGCAUAUAUGGCACCGCCCAUUAAGAAGUGUUUCAGGUUAUAUAUACCUCAUGCAAGUCACCCAUGUCUGGUGUGUAGAAAUAAAAGAAAUACCGUCAAACACAAUAUCAACAACAUACAGGAUUUAUUGUUAAGGAAUCUUCAAUCACAACAAACUUAGAUAUUAAUCUUUUGCUUUUCCCCUGCAAUUAUUAACAACCAUAAUAAAUUAUCUCGGGUUUUUUUCCUCCAAAAAGUACCAAUUAUUAAUAAAGCUAUAGUGAUCUUCUUCAGAGCCUUCGCUUGAAAUGCUUAAAGUAUACUUUCUAUAUUUUUCAGGCCGUUGCAUUCUACAACCAACCUAGUGAAUGAAGUUCCAUACUACCAUCCCAAAAUGAGUCGCAAUGAUCAGAGUUAGGGUAGCCCUGACACGUAGGCUAUAGGUUUAGGGUAAAGAGAGGUUAAAAUGGGGAUUUACUCGUUUCGCAUUGCUCCACUGAUUUUAGCUUAUAGUUUAGUUUGGUUCACCAUUUUGGCCAAUGACAGCCCAAGCAGUGAAACAUGAUAAAAGUGCGGUGGGAAUUAUUUGGAAGAAAAUAAUUGUCUUCGUGCAGGUCAAGUCAUUGAGCGAUACCCAUGAUUCAGCUGGGCAUAUGUAACAUAUUAGAGAGAUUCACGAACGCCGGCCGGCUGUCAAUCUAGCCGUGAUAGAUAGCGAGAGCCGUUCUUGUUUGAAAUCACGUUUGUUUGAAAACUGCACUGACUGCCGCUCUUGAUUUCAAGCAAGAACUUCUGACGCCAUAAUGAACGGUUGUACGCAUGACGUCCGUGUUGUCAAAGAAGUCGCUUGCUUAAGCUCUUUAUCAAAGAGCUUCUUCGGCAGAAACCUCGUACCCAGGAAAUUGCACAAAAAAAUGGUCGUGUAAGCUGGAAAGCCCUGGGAACAAGGAUAUUAUGGGCUCAGUUAAGGAUUUUCCCGCGCUUUUUGUUUUGCAUUAUUUCGACUUAUUUGUGGCGAAAUAAGGCUCGAAUUGUAAGUUUAAAUAGUUCUUGGUUAUGGUUGAGUCGCCUAAUAUUUUUUCUGGAUCUUUAACCUUCUCGUAAUCUCGAAACUUUGCUGAUAAAUCAACUAUUACAUCUGUGCCGACCAUAUCUUGAAAUGAUUUUAUAGCAGUUUUCCUCAUUAAUAUUCAGUACACGUCAGCACAUGUACAUUCUGUGCAUGUUCAGCAAGCUUAUCUUUGCUCUAAAAUCUCAAUAGACCUUACCGAUUAUUCUCUUUUACCCAAUGGCCUCGCUUCCAUGUUAACUUAUUUUAGCAUGUCAGGGGCAGAUAAAGAUUAUAUUCCCAUGGUUUCCUGGACGAAUUUGUUUCUUGCUGUUCUUAGGCUCAAUAACAAAGCAAUUUUCAACCCUACUAAGCACAAAACAUGAGUUAGUAUUUGACACGAAAACGAGGCCAUUGGGUGACAAGUGAAUAAACGGCAAGAUCUAUUUGUGGCCGCAAUUUCUGAUCGUGUAAGCUGAAAAGCCCUGGGAACAAGGAUAUCGAAGCAUCAGAGUGUGACGGGAAAAGGACCAUCCUGACAAGAACACUUGUAGACUUAUAACAGAACCGUACGUCGGUAUGUAUAAGAGUUUUUACAUUGAAAUCCUACCUGUAUAGGUGCGAGGCUUUUUAUUAGACUCUCCAGAUAAGACAUGCAGAUCAUUUUACAAUUACCUCAAUGUGAGCAUUGCGUUAGGAUUAGAGAUUGGAUUAGGGCUGUAAAUAUAUGCAGUAGACAGGUAUAUCUCAGAUGAAACAAAAGUCUUUUUUAUCAUUGAAUGAUGUAGACUGCACAUGGAAUAUGUUUUUAAGUGAAUGCAUGCAUGCAUGCAUGCAUGUAAGCAGAAAAUGUCCUUAUUGUAAAGCGUGUUACUUUAAUGGAAAUCCAAAUCAAGCUUACAUCUUAUGACCCCAAUCUAUUUAUUGGCAGUGACCAAAACAAUCAUUAAAUGUCUAAAAUAGAAACCGUUAGGUCUUUAUUGGCUAAAAUUGGAAACUCAUUUAGAAGCUUUAAUUAAACACGUUACCGUGAGUACUUCAUCUUAACUCGGGAAGUUAAAGACGUCUUCAUGUCUGGAGGAAUUUUGCAGAUGCUAUAACAUUUGUCGUUUGAUUAUAUACCUGGGGUCGGUUGUUCAAAGCUGGGUCAACUUAACCCUAGGUUAACCUAAAAUUCAAAGCAAACUUUCCAACGGCUUGUUUAUAAAUUUUGCAAUAUUUCUUCAGAGAUCUUGUCUGAAUCAGUAGGAGUUUUUUCUUCUCUGAAGUUUUGAAAUAAACAAAUGUGCAGAAAUACAUAAACUAAAACAGCAGGUUCUGCAGGUUAAAUUUUAACUCAGGGUUAGUGUUAAUCCAGCUUUGAAAAACCGGCCCCAGAUGUUUGCACACAUUCCACACAAUGCUUGUUACAACAUUACCGGUGGACGACCCUAGGAGGCAACCACCCCCUCACCCCACCCCCAUAAUUUCUGAAGGCCUUUGAAUUCGGUAACUGGAUUGCAAAGCUGAUAGAAAUAAUUUUACAACCAUGAAAGCAUUGCAUGGUAGCAAAAUUAUUUAAUAUGAUGACAACCAAUCCCCCCCAAUAGUCGUAAAGCAUUGCAAUUUUUUAAACAGGGAUCUCCUUACUUCAAAGGCUGCAGGUAUCAAAGGAGGCUCUGUAAAUUUUACAAUUAAUCUAAAAUCCAUAUAGAAAUUAGUAUACAUCUUCACUACAUAUAUCUUCACUACCAAUGGUUUCACUCUAUAUGGAUCGCGGAGUCACUUGAAGAUCCCACUGGAGAUGAAAUCAAUAUAGGCCUAGUAUAUAUAAUGAAGAUUUCGAUGUACGCCAGCCUAUACCAUACUAUACUAUACAGUAUUUGCUCCAACUAAUUUUGAAACUCUUAAUCAUUCGAUCUUAUUAAAAGAAUCUCCAAAAUAAGAGAAUUAGGUAUACUAUCUAGAAUCUUUAUCAUAUGGCAUCCCCUUUCAACAUAAAAGGGAUUAUUAAUGCUAAAAGAACUGUUUAAUGUCUUGUUUUAGAUGGAAUUAUCAGGUGAUUAGGAGAUAUAUGCAGGAAAUUGUUCUUAUACGGUUGAGUCAAUGUACGUACAUCCCUUUAACUACAUGGAAACCGAAUGCAAGACUCCAAAUUGUCACGAGAGCUCUUUGCUGAUGAAAAACAAACUAAACCCUUUGAGAGCUGCCUUAUUUUCAAUAUGUAUUAUAAUAGAUGUAGUUUACAAUAUUUAAACAGGAAUUGUAUUGUGCCAACUUUUUUCUAGAUAUAAACUUUUUAUUACAGCUUUCACACUUUGCGUAUUCUCUGCAAAGUAUAAGUAUUGGAUUUUGCAAAGAGUAAUUUAAAGUUUUAAAUCCUGCAUGAUAUUGAUAUAUUGCGAUUGCAGUGUUUCAUGCAUAUUCAUAGAAAACAUAGUGCAAUGCAUGAUAACUAGGUCUAUUGGUCGAUAUGGUCAUCACAUACAAUUGAAUAGAGUGUCUGUUAUAUAUAUAUAUAUUAAAUUUGAAGCAAAAUUUUGUUUAGUUUCACUUCAUCCUGAUGACAAUAUCAAGCUCCAUAUCUAUGUUCAAAGACACAAAGAAAAACGGAUAUUGGUCAUGAACAACUGUCUAACUUCUUUCCUUGGUAAUUUCGAUUUCUUCUGUAAUUAAACGAGAGAAAAUUACAUUGCUGUGAGAUAUGAGCAUCAACUUGUAUAUAGGUUUACAUGUAGCACCACCUGAUGCAAUCUGUCGAGUCUUCUUGGUACUUUCAAUUACACUGUUGCUAUUCGUAGUAAAAACUUGGAAGAUUGCCAUGGACCCUAAAUAGCUGUUCCUUAAUUGUUGAACUAUAUACUUGCAACUCUAAUUAAUACUUCAAUCUAUCAAGGAAACGUCGGAACUACCUGAAACUGAAAUACAAGGAAAACUUGUAUUUUUCAGGUAGUUCCAUCCCUACUAAUCUAAAGUUUUCUUAUUGUUGGCGCUAUACCCACACUCUUUAAUCUAUCACCCUAUCUAUAAACAUGUAUAAACUAUAGAUAAAAUCUAUCAACUAUAGAUUGAUUUCCAUAAUAAAAAAUAAAAAUAUAACGACACAUACAAAAACAAUAAUGCAUAUAGUAUAUAAUAUAUGUAGAUCAUCAUAUCGCAAGUUAUAGACAAACGACCAAUAUAUUAAUUUCUGUUCCUUAUUAGGUUAGAGGCGGUACUUAACUUCUUAUUGUUCUGACUACUGUCUGAUUGAAUACAUGUCAAAUAGGGUUAAAUUUGUGCAAUUACUUUAUUUUGUAAGUAUAGAUAGAGUCAAAUCGCUUAGGCAACUUGAGAUCUGAGUUUAUUUCAUUGAAGUGCAACAACGAUGUGUGAUGUAGUACAUGCAGCUGUUUCAAUUAAGGUUGCCACAAGCAUGCAAUAGUCAAAUGUACAAUCCAAGCGCCAAAAGUAAGAUGGGAAUAACAUAUUUUAUAGCAUACCCCUGGGAAUUGCCUUGUGUAGGCUACCUAAACAAUUAAAAUAUUAAAACUUGGUACACCCAUCGUGCUGUUCGCCCUGGACGACGACAACCUUAAUUGAAAUAGCUGCAUGUUAUAGUUCCUGACAAAGAGCUUUAAUAAUGUCUUAACCUUUUUAAUUAAACAAUCCAACAUAUUCUAUGCUGUUUCUAUAUAAUACCACGGAAGCUGAUUGUACAAUAUUACCUAUACACUGCAGACCCCCGUGUUUGAAUUCAUUUACCGAUCUACAAUUCCAGUUGAAAACCGAAAAGUAUAUGCAUAUACAAAUAAUCUACAUAAGUGUCCAAUGGACAGACUAUAUAGGAAUAAUUAGAGAGGCUCAUGCAGAUUUGACUUCCACUACCGCUACCUCUCACUGGAUUAGUGCGCAUCUGAUUGGUUAAUCGGAUAUAUCAAAGGCAUCUGAUUGGUUAAUCGGAUAUAUCAAAGGCAUCUGAUUGGUUCAAGUAGUGGAAGUCAAAUCUGAACCUCUCUAGUUCAUGCAGUUUUAUGUAGUUCAACGUAUUUACCACUUCUAGGUGGACGCGGAACGGCUUAACUGCAGGUUUUGGCCAAGAUUUCCAAAGAUUAUAUAGUGAGUCAGUUAUUUUACGAUUAUUGGCUAAGGGUUAGGUCGCCUAUCACUUUUUAAUGAUAUUACUUAUGAAAAAAAUACUAAUACGAAUGACACCACAAUAAAAAGAGCAAAGCCGUUGGGAAGAUCCACAAAACAAUCAGAGACUCCAUACCAGGCAGACCACCUCGAUCGUAAACGAGGGGGUCGAGAUCAUGAACUAGCAGCCAAUAUUACAUGUAUAACAAUACUAUCUACAGUAUGCAAAAAUAUUACGUUUCUGUUUAUCGGAGGACCCACAGAAAAACCCUCGAAGCAAGAGCCAUCUGCAUGCAUGAACUUACAUGAGUUUUCAAGCACAGGAAAGAACCAACUAAACUCUCCAUGCUGAAAUCCAUGGGUUUUUCAACCAUAUGAAAGUUACUCAACGUUGGUAAGGAAAUCCAAGCCCUCGGACUUAGCAUGAGCUCAGAUUCUCAUUUGCUAAUACAUGUGGAGAAUACCGGAACUCAAAGUGGACCAUGCAUUAAUUAACUGCAGUGGUGUCCACAAUUUCCCGAUACUCUAUAUCUUAGGAGAGGGAUUUUCUUAAUAAUGAAUGAUAUUCAUUAAUAAGGUUUGAUAUGGCAGGUGUUUGAACUUUAUGAAAAAGAAUGAAAAUACUUUGACGCAAUUUCUAUAGUGAUUCUUCGUCAUGCAGGACGUCAUUCGUAAAUACGUUGACGGAACUAUUUUAUUCUUUAGGUAGUUCCUACACCAACUACUUCAACUGUACGUACGUAGUGUGAUUAGGGACUUUAAGAUUGACAUUUAUGGCAAACCGCUAACCGCAAACUUCAAAUCGAAUUUGAAAGUAAGGCCUACAGUUUCGACAGCUAAAACUAGCUAAUUCAUGCUCCAUGUGUAGUGUACAAGUUGCCCUAACUACGAACAGCUAACAGUUGACAUAGUCACUAUUGUUAAAUUAAUCUUUUUGAGGGGUUAGACAUCAGCGUACGUUACGACGUCAGCGUAUUGUAGAAUACACCCCAUACUGCUGUAACGCCAAGUUUAAUACAAAAUGUACCGACACGUACAUUGCAGAUCUGAUUUACAUAUACAUAGAGAUAGUCUUAGAUUGUUCGUUGUUAUUAUAAUCUACUGACGCAUUAUUUUGUAUGUUGUUGUUGCAUAUUGUUGUUGUAUGGAAAUGCUAAAGAAUAGCUAAUGGCAGUGUAUCCUAUACAUGGUGGGAUCCUCUUAUCCCAGUAACACUAGGGAUAACUAUAAGUCUGCUCAGUAACGUUUAAUAACAAUACAAAAUAAAGAUGCUGUAAUGAAAUAAAUAAGUUUAUGUCUGAACUACCUCUAAUAUAAACUACAAAUUUUAGAGUCAAAGCUCAUCAUAUCAGGAACUAAUCAACCACUAUUGAAUAACCUCUUUACUAGGUAUUAUCGUUCCAGACAUGGAAAGGUUGUUCGAUGCAUGUAUUUUUAAGUAGUUCCGACUAAAGCCACGCGGAAGCUUAUUGUACAACACUACCUAAACAGGACAACAACAUUUGAGGAAGUUAAACUGUAAAAUCAAGCAAUAGCAUAUUGCGUGAGGCUAAAAAUUAACUAUAUAUACUGUACACGUUUAUUAUACAGAGUCAUCUUCAGAGAUAUGAAGAUAUAAGAUAUUUAUUUUGAUACUGCAAAGAAGGGAAAAAUAUGGAUAAAUAUCUGGAUUUGGGGUAUCUUACUAGACAGAACUAAUGUGGAAAGGUAUUUUGAAGAUAUGAAAAUUUGAAAAUGUGAAAGUUUUGUGAAAAUUAUAUGCAUCUUUAGACCUAACUAGGAGGAGUUAUACAAAAAUUGCAACAAUAUAGGCCCCAGACCAUACAGGCACUUGAAGCUUCCAUCUUCCAAAGCCCUUCAAACAAAAAAUAUGUACGACCACACCCACUUAGCACCAUUACCAUCUUCUGUGUCUAUAUGCAUGGCUAUACCUCUUACUGGUACAAAAAGAAACCGUUACCAACUAUGUUUUUUGCUCCUAAUAUUGAGAAGACGCUGGAGAAACAAAGCAAGAGGAGUUAAAUGACUUUCACUAAAUACUUUUCUUUUCCAUUCAUAUUUCCAUAUUUCCAACUAUAUAAAUACUCUCCUUUUUCAUUCAUUCCAGAAAAGAAAAGUUUAAUUCAACUGGGAAGUAAAUACCGAUUCUCAGUAGAGACUACAACUUUAGUUUAUACUCUUAUACAUAUUAAUUUACGCAUUUAUUAUUGUCUUUAUUUCGUGAUUAUUUUCCCAUGAAAAUAGGAAAACACAGUUAAACAAAGCGUUUUGCUACGAGGUGAAUCGGAAAUUAAAUCGACUGCACGUCAAGCGGAAGGCGCUACGAUGUCUUGAAGACCUCAUUUAUAUAUUGGAGCUUUCACACUAUCGACAUGAGCAAGGAAAUGUAUUGUAUUCACUUCUGAUGUGUUGAGAAUGUAUUGUGUUCGCUUUGCAUGCUAACAAAGUUUGAUGUUGGCAUGUUAUACGACCCAUAUACGAGAUUUCAAGAAUCUCAUUAGUUAUAAAACAGCUUCAAAUGUAAGGGGAGAGCUCAAUUGAGUAGAUCGUAAUGUAGUUUCCGACAUCUUGAGGACAAAGCCAUGAUAUAUAUUGCUCUGUUUUUGUAUUAAGUAUAUUAAUAUACUUAGCAAUAUAGCUUAGUUUGCAAAACAUAAAGAGGCUGCCACCUCUACGAGACUAGAAACUACACUACAAAUUUGUCAAGUAAUCAUGCAGAAACUUUAUUUUUGGACUAUCUCUUAAUUGUAAUAUUAUAAAAACUUGACUAAGUGAAAACGUAGUUUUAUCAUCAUUUUUCAAGUCAAGUCAAUUCAAGUGAAGAUCUCAUCCAUCCAUGUUUGUUUGUAUUGGCCAAACCAAUUUUCCUCUUAUUUUGUACCAAAAAAAUAAAGUACUUAUCGAUAUUGCAUCAAAAACCGUUAUUAUGCCUUUGUUUGUCGAUCACUGCAUAUUAACAUCCUUUUAAUUGGUUGUUUUGAAACAAAAAUUAAACUAAGUUGAAAGAAAUCGGUUCUCCAUGGUUUGAUGCAGGAUUCCGAUGGAUGAUAAUAUUUACAUUGAUAUAGAUUAUUAUGACAUAUAUAUUCAUAUGUUAUAUAUGUUACACACAGAGUUAAACAGUUCACUUUUCUUCCAAUCAAAAUAUAUGCAUAAAUUUAAUAGUAUAUAUUUUAAAGGCAUUUACGAUUCGAAGGUCAACGAUUAGUGUGAAACUUAGGCAAUUGAGUAUAGAUUCUCUAACAGAACUGCGCAUGCUCACAAAUCUUUAAAAACUUCCUACAUUGAAUUGACAAAAUAAUGAGGUUAUACAGUAUAUAUACGCGCAAUAUCUUGGCAAUAACCUGCCAAUUCUGUGACGUGCAUUCGAAGAGGGAAAAUAGAGCUAAACCAUGUCAUUGAGUCAGCUGCACUUCAACGCUUUCAUGUGUUUGAACGCUCUCUAAGCGAAUCCAAGCAAACUGUGGCGUGAUAUCUCGAACAUACAUUAACUAUAUUUGUUUGUUUGUAUAUAAAUAUAUUUCCUUUUCAUUUAGGAACAUCACGAAACAUUAAAAUUUAUUCCCGAAGCUUUUGAUCUAUAA